AUGGAUUACAGAGAAGAGCAACAAAGAAACCUUACGGGGUCACCUUCGGGAGUCGUCACUGGGUCUCCUCGCUCGGGCGUCGUCACCGAGUCACCUUCUCCUGUCGUCACCGGGUCACCUUCUCGCGUCGUCGCGUCGUCACCUUCUCACGUCCCCGUAGUAGAUUCUCCUUCUGAGGUUGCAAACACGCAUACGACACCACCGCCGGUGUGGCUUUUGGAGAAGAUGGGCGAAGUGAAUGGAUACGAUCCGAAGGUUAUCAUGGAGAGGAAAUUUACUAAGAACGACGUGAGCGUUAGACAAGGUCAACUCUUAAUCCCUAUAAGUCAGUUGCUUGAUUCAAGUUUCUUAGAAGACACGGAACGUACGAUGUUGGACACACAGACGAUGGCUGUUGAUUUCAAAAGUGAAGUCGGAUUGAGAACUUCCUUGUAUCGCAAUUCGUCGUCAGCGACUGAGUUAUUUUUGCAGAAAAGGCUAAGGAAUGGGGUUUGGGAUUUUGUCCUUAACAGAGGAUGGAAUAAAGUGUUGAAGAACUAUAAGUUAGUUGCUGGCAGCCCUUUUCGCCUAUGGUCUUUCCGAUCUUUGCAAUCGGAAGGUAGUAUCUUGUGCUUCGGCUUAGACUAUGCGGUUCCUGAAAACUCUGAUCCGGUAGAAGUUGAUGAUCCCGCAGAAGUUGAUUUGUCCAUUCCCAACAUCAAUUCUUUGGAAGAAACUGAUGAUUUGUCCCUUCCCGUAGAAGCUGAUUUGUUUCUUCUUGGAAGCUUUGCUACCGAACCCAUAAACAUACGAACGGGUAAAUCAAGCUAUUCGUUAUCAUGUACACAAGCUCAUGAAGCUAUGCAUUUGGCAACUUGA